GCGUCUGUAGAAAGUGAAGCAUGAGCUGGAAGAGUCGAAAAGAGCCAAAGAGAUGCUGGAGGAGCACCAGAGACGGAUCCAGAGUGAGAUCAAACAGGCCAAUGAGCACCUGCAGCAGGAACUGAAGUCCAUCACUUCCUCUAGCUCACGCAUGAAACAGGCACUCAAAGCCAAAGAGCGUGACUUGGAUUCGACCAAGAGUGAGCUGAAAGAUAAAGACCACCAGAAUCGCAUCCUCAGCAAACGAAUAGCCGAACUAGAAACUUAUCUCUACGAUUUUAUGGAAUUGUCGAAAAACGAGAAAGUUGUCUCGACGCCUCGAAAAGUAAUUCCCAAAGAAACGAAGAAACCCAAAACUAUACUUCAGUUUGGUCCAGAAAUCCCUGACCCCCCUCAGAGUACAGAAUCAGCUGCCAUUAUUCCCCCAUCAAACGGGACUUAUAUAAGUCCACUUCGCAAACAACUGGACGAGCAAAGUCGCAGAUACGCAACAACGAAAGACUCGGCUCAUUAAGGAUGCGAAACUAUAUUCUUUUUUAUUUAAAGUUUUUCCACGUGUUUACGACUUAAUCUUUAUAUCAUUUAUAAAUUUACUACAUAAUAAUAAAAUUA